AUGGAGAGAAAAUGGACAUACUGUGCGGUUUAUUCCAUCAUCCAGAUACAGUUUUUCAGGGGCAUAUGGGAAGAAAGAGUCAACGCAGGAGAAACCAUAUAUUCGCCACCUGGAUCUGACAUCAACUUGACCUGUCAAACAACAAAGGAGAAAGAAUUCUUGGUACAGGCACAGUGGUCUAAGGUCACUGAUAAAAACGACCCCAUCGUGGUUUAUCAUCCUCAGUACGGCUUCCACUAUGCUCAGGGGUAUGCCCAUGGGGCACAGGUGGCUUCCAUCAAAAUUCAGAGGAAUGUAACAGAAUGGACUCUGUCCUUAGAGAAUAUCUCUACCACCUUCAGUGGACAGUAUGAGUGCAGCUUUACUGUGUAUCCAGAAGGUAUCCAGACUACGGUCUACAACCUUGUUGUGGCACCUCUUAUACAAGAGGAACACAACUAUACAAUAGAAACAGAGACGAAUUGGACUCUGGAAAUACCAUGCUUUCAAAAUACUUCCUCGGAAAUUUCACCUGGGUUCACCUUUUCAUGGUUGGUGGAGAAAGAUGGAGUCCAGGAAGUUCUCCUCACCCAUGAUGACCACAUCAGCAGUUCCACAUCAUUAAAAGGCAGAGUCAAGUUAGGUGCAGACUCUGGACUCUACCUCUCCCGGGUCCAAAUCCAAGAUGAUGGCUUGACAUUCUCUUGCCAGCUGAGAGUCACUCCUCUUGAAGUCUGGAAGACCUCCACUACAGUCAAGGUUUUUGCUAAGCCAGAAAUCUUCAUGAUCAUGGAAAACGGCACCAUGGAUGUCUUUGGAGAGAGAGUAUUUACCUGCCUACUGAAGAAGGUGUUCCCCAGAGCAAACAUCACCUGGUUAAUAAACGGAAGGUUUCUUCAAGGCAAUGAAGAAGGAAUAUACGUUACAAAUGAUAAGAAGACUGACAGAAGUGGAUUUGGGGAAGUAAAGUCGGUUUUAACAAGGAUGCAUGGUAACAGGCUGGCCCAAUCCAACAACGUGACAGUUCAGUGUAUGGCUCUGUCCCCGGGCCCCAGAAACAAAAUGUGGAAUAUCUCAUCACAGUCCAUCAUGCUUCCUUUGGAUUCGGAGAAUGUCCCAACGGAACACCUCACCAGUGUGACAGGAUCUACCUUGGGCACACAACCUUUUCCAAAUGACAAGGUGUCUUCUACAAGAUAUCCAGGUAUGUCUUCAAUGGCCAUUGUAGACGGGGAUGUGUCGACACCAGAUGCAACUCCCCAGGGAGACAAUUCCAGCAUGACGACUAAAGGCUUCAACUAUGUCCAGACAUCCAGUGGAACAGACGGCAAAAACUCAUCAAGAGCUGCUUCCUCCAGUAGUGGAUCUGGGCCUUCUCCUUCGGUUUCGCCUCCAGAAUGGCCGUCAUUGCCUAGUACUUCCACUAAACCUCUCCAGCCAGAUGCCCCAGAUUCAUUGAUACCCAGUGAGAUGCACACUGCAAUCCCCUCAGAAGCAAGCUUAGCUCCACACGAUGUCAUCUCUAGCACAACCAAAGGAUAUCCAGAUGUCACUACAACGGCGAGAGGAAUGACUAAAAAUGACUACAACUAUAUCACCAGUAUCACUGUUAAUAAGUCCAGAGAUGGAAUGUCUUGGCCUGUGGUUGUAGCAGCUUUGCUCCUUUUCUGUGCAAUAUUGUUCAUGUUAGGAGUAAGAAAAUGGUGUCAGUAUCAAAAAGAAAUCAUGGAAAGACCCCCACCUUUCAAGCCACCACCGCCUCCCAUCAAGUACACGUGCAUUCAAGAGCCCACUGGACAUGACCUGCCUUGUCAUGAGAUGGAGACACUCUGA